CAGUCUGCUCUCCUCUGUCAGUGAUGUAGGGUCACAAGAAUGGGGAAAGACCUUCCAAGGAGAAAACAGCUCCUUGCUGGAAUGAUGAGAGAACUACAGUAUGCAUGAGAUGAACGUUUCCCGAAAAUGAAGGACACUGUCGGAGGAGGACAAAGAUUCAUCUGUCUCCACCUGAUUGUGGAACUCUAUCAUGGGAUGAGCUCCUGACUUCACCGUCUCAAAGUGUCUUCUGAGAGCCCCAGUGGAUCCUGGUUGCUGAUCUCUGACCUCUGACCCCAGAGGGCUGGGUGUCGUCAGGGGUAAAAUGCGGUCCACCACCCUGCUGGCCCUGCUAAUGGGAGUCAUGCUGUACCUUGGGAUGGGAGCAUUUGUUUUCAGCACCCUGGAAGACUCCCAGGAGAGUGAGGCACACAAGAAGCUGCUUGCAGCCAAGCGCAGCUUCCUCAAUCACUCCUGCGUCAGCGAGCUGGACUUCAACACGUUUCUUGAGGAGGUGAUGUCUGCAGUGGACGCAGGAGUGGACGUGACCAGCAUCUCUCCAGACUUCACCAGUCGUUGGAACAUGGACUCUGCCUUUUUCUUCUGUGGUACAAUCAUUACCACCAUUGGUUUUGGGAACCUUUCUCCUCGGACGUGGUACGGCCAGCUGUUCUUUGUGUGCUACGCCCUGAUGGGCAUCCCCAUGUUUGGCAUACUGCUGGCCGGAGUGGGAGACUACAUGGGCAGGGUGCUGCGGAGAGCUGUUGCCAAGAUUGAGACCCUCUUCUUGGUGAGAAUGAAACACAAGGUCAGGCCCACCACUGUGCGUGUGAUCUCAGCAGUGCUCUCCAUCCUGAUUGGUUGUCUGAUCUUCCUCGCUGUGCCGGCAGUAGUGUUUCAGAAGGUGGAGGAUUGGACAUUUCUGGAGUCACUCUAUUUUGUGGUCGUGACCCUCACCACUGUUGGUUUUGGGGAUUUUGUACCAGGUAUGGUGUACAAACCCUUGGUGCUGUUGUGGAUAGUUUUUGGCCUCGCCUACUUUGCAUCCAUCCUCACCAUGAUUGACAACUGGCUGAGGGUUCUGUCCAAGAGGACCCGUGCUGAGAUUGAGGAAUUAAGGGCCCACGCUACAGACUGGACCCAGAACAUCCAGAAUAUGUCCAAGGACUUCCGUAUCCCUAACCCACUGGAGUUCAAUGACCCUUUCCUGCUGCAACGACGACGCUGGAAACGCAGCGAGCGUCGCCACAUUCGUCGAGGAGCCCAUGGUACUCUGGGAUAUUGGGUUCACGGGGGACCUGAGAAUGGACACUUACCCAAUCACUGGGCUGGCCUUUCUAGUUCCCUGAGCCAAAUAGAGGUCCAUGCUUCCCUUGAGAGAUCAGUGGUUUCCCAGCGUAGGCCAAGAGUGCGAGCUACGGGAGGGGCAACAGUCCCAAGGGUGGGUCCUGGAUUGAAAGUCGACUCUAAUUUGGCCCUGCAGGUGGAGGGCAAGUCAUUUCCCUACCCACUGCCCCGCUCAUUCUCACUCCCUGUGACUCGUUCUGCCUCAGAGCUGGACUCUCCAGGUGCAGCCAUGCAGGGAGGAUCCCUCUCUGGUUCAGAGUCUUCGUUUGAUUCCAGGUCAGGCGUGUCUUCUGCCUCCUCUUCAUACUCUGACUUUCACAGACUCCAGCGCUGUCUUGCCGCAGACAGAAACUAUGCAGCAGAUAAACAGAUUCCAGUCAAAGAGUCUGGAGUUGGAGAGGACCACAGCCAAAACUGUACACCUUCCCCUGGGUUUCUACCCCUCCCUUCCCCUCAUACAUCUCUCCACCCGGUCCUUGUUGUCACCCCUCCAGUCUCCGCUGUCUCCUCAUCAGGGUGCCAGCUGUUGGAUUUCUUUGGAGAGAACUUGGCAUACAUUGAUGAGUCGUCAGACGCACUGAGUGACCGCGUCCAAAAAGCAGCAAAAGAGGACAAGAGGCAGCGGCCACGAAAGCCCAAGAGGAGUAGCAUGAGGAGGCAACUGUCCCACAAGUGGAGCCCUUUGCGGGUGAGGAAGCAAACCAGUGACAUGCUGCCGCCAUCAAAUCCCCCCACACCGCCGCCAACAUCUCAUUCUAAGAAUGAGACUAACGAAGCGUCUACCCUCUGACGGCUGCUGCGCUCAAAUUGAGGCUGAUUUAUGAACGUGAUGCCAGCAUGACAGUCCACACCAAAUCUAACCAAACAUCACCAUCGUGUUGCAGACCAUCUUCUAUUAGCUCGUUGUAAUGCGGUUUGUGAUAUCAGGUCUGGAAAAAGUGCAAUAAGGUAUCUGUGACUCUUACACACAGCAGCUCUUUGCUGGAGAGUUUGUGAAUGAAUACGUCAGUGUUCCUGCAGAAGUUUUCUCAGGGCCUGUGGUGCUUACUGGGGGACUCGGAUUGCGAGGUGCAUUGAGAGAAAAAAUGUGAGACAUAGGAAAUGCAAACUU